UUCUUGCGUUAAAGUUUUGUAAAAUAAUGAAAAAUACUUGCCAUAUUUAUAAUGUAUUUAAAAUUCAUUAGAAAUCGGAUCUAGGAAAAUUGUGUAUGAUUUUUUUCCUUCAGAGAAAUAUUAACUUCUUUUUGUAAAAAACAUGUAUGUAUAAUAUGUGAUUUACGUGGUUUCUAAUAAUUUAACAUGAACACGUAUAUUUUUUAUAUAAACUGGAGAUGCAGCCAUUAUUGUUCAAACGAAAGCGCUCAACUAAUGAGUUCUUUCGGUUUAUUGUUCAAGUUGGAUUUUACAGCUGCCUAAUAUUAACAGGGUAUAUGAUUGGUAUAUCAUUGCCUAAUGGAGACAAAACCACGGAUAACAUUUCUAUCUAUAACAAUAUUGAGAUAAACAAAGAUCAAGUAAACAGAGAACAGCUUCAUUAUAAAACAACAAGAAAGGUCAAAGUUUUAUGCUAUAUCGUUACAUCCCCUACAUUUCUAUGGACAAGAGCGUUUCAUGUAAAACAGACGUGGGGAUCAAGAUGUGACAAAACACUUUAUUUCAGCUCUGUAACUAAUAAAUACUUUCCUCGAUCGACAUGUCGUCUGCAGCAAGAUGGGGGCCUGAAUGUAAAAAGCAAAUUUUGCAAAUUUAGGGUUGUAAUAAAAGGGGACUCGUUCAUUACGAUGGGGGAAAAAUAUUUCCACUGUUUUGAUCCGGCGUCACAUCUUACCGGAAACUAUCCGUCAUGGUAUCUUAGGUAUGACGCUGGUGGGGCACUCAAGGGCAAGAAGUACAUGAGCAAAAACGCAAUAUCUUUCCAUUACGUACGACCAGAAGCGAUGUAUGCGUACGACUAUUUCUUGUAUCAUGUGAAAAUCAAUGAAUAG